GCGAGCAUUGCAUGUGUACACGCUCAUCUCUCAACCCACGUCAUGGAAGUUGCCAGUAUUUCCCUUGUCGUGGGGAGUCUCCUCACCAAUUCGGCAACUGCGUUGCUCGUGAUCCAGAACUUUGCUAGGAGCACACAGACGGUUGAGCGACUGCAGCGCGAGUUCUGUGUCUUGCAGCAUGUUUUAGAGGACUGUUUUGAGAUGAUCAAGGGUGACGCCACUGCUUCAGAGUCAAUAGAAUCCUGCCUUGAGAUGUGCUUACACAAGUAUCGCGACCUCCUGGAAAUACUCGACAGCCUGCUGUCGAAACCCAAGUUUUGGCGGCUUUUUUUGUACACAAUCAAAGAGCACGAGUUGUUCACAAGUUACAACGGCUUUCGGGAUUCCGUCUUGCUUCUCAGGGAUCUAUCUUCAGACUUGAAGAUGAAUAGACAGUUCGUGCAAAUUAGCAUCGCAAUGGCAACAAUCAUGGCGGAGGGUGAGGAUGACGAUGCGGAAGACGAUGACGAAGAACCCACAGACGAAAGUGACACAGCUGGCCACCCGCACAACCAACCAGAAGGAACACAGAAGGGAGCCACAAAAUCACCAGCAAAACGACGGAGAUAUAGGAAACGCGGUUCACAAUUCUUUUCCGAGCUGGCAGACCUAAUGUCAUCAGACUUCACUAGGAGUAUUUUCCUGAUGAUCGAGUUAGAGGGUAGGGAUGAUCACACAAGAUUCAAGACGGUCCCCGUAAGGAACAAGGUCGACACAGGUAGUGAUGGAAAUUUCGUGAGCCGGUCACUCCUUGAUAAGCACGGUAUGGACCCUGCGAAGAUAAAAGAUAUACCGCACAAGAUGGAAGAGCGUGAGUUCGAGAUGUUGAACAAUUUCAAAUUCACUCCAGAGAAAGAGGUCACGAUCUCCUGGCACAAGCAGAACGACAAAAAGCAGCGAGAGACCACGUUCAUCGUCUUAGACUGCGACUUGUUCGAUGUCCUCACGAGCUCUUCACAAUGGGUGGAUGAAGCGAGGGAAUCUGUUUUAUUCACAAUGAAGCGCCACAAGAAUGAAGCUGAACGGAAGAAUGAGGACCUUGCCUAUCGAGACGCCGAGAAAGAGGCAAAGAAGAAUAUUCAGAAGAAGUUACAGGAGAACAUUCAGAAGCAGCUGCAGGAGACCGAUACACUGGCUAUGCGGAUUGGGUCAUGGAAGAAGGGCGGAGAAACGGGUGAGUCGUCAAGAAGAGAAAAGAAGAGGUAAUCACGGUGAUAGUUCCAGCGCGCAGUCAGUGUCUCAUCUUCAGAUAAUUCUUUACUUGGGAAAUAUGUGGAAGCAAUCCGCCAUGUCUUUGUGUCUGUCAAUACAGAAAUUAACUGUGAGGUGGUAGCAUU